AUGAACGCCACGGCCCUGCAGGCCUUCGCGGCGAAGCGGAUUCGCGCCAUCGCGAUCGUCGGGCGGCGCGGGGUCGCCCACAGCGCCUUCACCAUCGCCGAGUUCCGCGAGCUCGCGAGGUUUCAGCCCGAGCGCGUGAAGGUCAGCGUGGAGGCCUUCGACCUCGCGGCGGCCCUGCAGGCCCCGGGCAUCGCGAACCCGCGCGCCCACAAGCGCCUCAUGGAGUUGGUCCAUUCCUUCAGCAUCUCGCCCGCCCAGCACGACGCGGAGCGGCGCGCGAUCGAGACGGACCCCGAGGGCCGCCCUUUUCCCACCGCGGCCUCCCCUGAGACGAGUUUAACCCUACCGGCGACCGCCGCGGCGGAGUCCUGCGCGGUGCGGUUUCACUACCACCUAAAACCCGUCCGAAUCCUCGCCACCCCCGACGGGCACGUUCGCGGGGUGCUUUUCGAGCGCACGGAGCCCGACGAUCGGGCGGAUUCGCCCGCCAAGUCGCGCUACUGCGUCCUGCCGUGCGAUUUGGUGGUCGGCUCCGUCGGCUACCUGGCGGAUCCGCUGCCGGGGAUGCCGCUUGACGCGAAAUCCGGCGCGAUCGCGCACCAAAACGGCCGCGUCGUCGGCCAUCCCCGGGUUUACGUCAGCGGGUGGGCGAAAAACGGCGCGAAGGGCGUCAUUCUGCACGCCAUCCCCGACGCCGCCGAGGUCGCCGCGGCGAUUCACCACGACCUCGCCGCGAAACGCCUCCCGACGGAGGCCUCCCACGACGACAACGCGGACUCCAACAACCCCAACACCACCACCAUGUUGGGAAAGUACGGCCUGAUUGACGAUUUCGUGGAGCGCGGGCUGGAGCCGGUCUCCAUCGCGGGCGUCGAGCGCAUCCUCCACGUCGAGCAGGAGCGCGGCGUCGACCUGGGCAAGGCCGCGGAGAAGAUCGACACCGUGCGCGAUAUGCUCGACCUCGCGCUCGGCGGGGAGGUGGGGAGGCGGACGAACGAUCGCGUUCGCGGGAUCGCCCCCGCGCGGCCGGAGCCGCUGAUGUACUUAAGAGAAUUGCUCGACAACAAAACCGACCUCGCGCCGCUGGCGAAGACGCUCGCGAAGGAGGUGCCCGGGAGGAUGGCGGAGCGGCCUCACCCCGGCCACCCCUCACCUGCUCAGUAA